AACCUCUGCGUAGGUAAGGUAGGUAAUAGGUAAUAGCUACUUACCUGGAAGUAUGACAUAGUGGGCAAUUUCUCGAAGUAAUUUAUAGAUACAUAAGGAGUCAUGACAUACCUAGUCGACUACAACGAUCACCAUACUGUGUCUUAGGUUUGGGUCAGGUCUAGAUACCUACAUACCGUGUACAUAGGUAGUCUUGAUGGAAUAGCCUGAGCCUAGUAGUAUGACUUAUCUGAUACUCGCCACGUGUGAGUAGAUAUAGUUAGCUGUGGGGGUUCGGAAUUACUCAGAACUACGGAGUUGGUGCAAUUACUCGACGGAUGAAGCGUUGUCGAGCAGGUUCAAGUCAAUCCACUCGGGCAUCCAAAUUUUUAAAACUACCUGCCUGAAACUUGAAGCAGGAUAACCUUGUACAGUUGAGGACCUGACAAAGAAAUGGGGGGGGCUAAGAUCGCUUGUAUUGGUGUUAUUGGGAAAGCUGAUAACCCACUCCAUGUAUCUUUAUUUCCGCCCUAUCUGAAUUCCGCUGUUGAAUUCUCUUUCCUUUUAAACUCCUGCUUAGAUGUUUUCGAAAUACGGCGCAAACACACAUCUGUUGACCAAGACCUUGGUCUUUUGCAUGCUGUAGAUGAGAGAUUGGCGGCCUAUGGCUGGCUUACAACCACUGGCGUGAAGCUGCUAGUCAUAAUCGAUUGUGUCGGUCAGCCUAUGACAGACGGAGAACCUAGAACGAAUACAGCAGCUGGCAUAAGAGAAUCGGACCUGAAAUCGGUUUUCCGAGGCCUGCAAAGUGCUUACGUACAAUUACUGCAAAAUCCGUUCUAUAAUCCUGACGAGCAUGUGGGCGUGUCUAACACAACCUCACCUUACAAUUCGCAGAUCACAGACCAAAAGUUUGUUACGGAAGUUAAGCGAAUAGGUGUCUCCUGGUCUCCUGGUAUACCUACUUAUUAGUAUGUGACUCCUGUACUGUGGUCUUACGCGGGGGCAAUAUAGGUGGCAUUGAUGACAGUAUGAGACAUUUUCGUCAUAUCGGUUGCUCUUACAUUUCCUCUGUCAUAAACUGAAAGACUGUGAAUCAAGACCAUAUGUGCACUGAUAUUGGAGUAGGGAUCUCUCUCUGUAUGUAGGGAAUCCGGCAGCUUUACCUAUACGCGGUGUUGUGGAGAGGUUCUGCAACUUAUGAAGAUUAAUAUAUUAUAAUACAUCUAUUUAUUAUAUUUCACCUUCUGUCAUAG